AUGUGCUCAAGGUCGCCAUCGCCUCCCAGAAGGACUGUGAUCGGUCCAGAUGGAGGGCGCAUGGAUGAGGGAAGUGGGAAAAUUCAUGUGGAGGAUUUGGUGAAAACACGGAGCCGAAAGUUGGUCGAAUUGUACUGCAUGUCGAGAUUGAAUGAGCUUUUAGAAAUUAACAAUCAGCGACUUUUAAAGGGAGAGAUUGAUAAUUUUCUGCGACAGAAUGAUAUAGGGAAGGGAGUACGGUUUAGUAGCGAUACGCUGCCGAAAUUCACCCAGGUAGGGCCGCCAGCGGCCCCUGUGACGGCGUCUACGGCGCCCAGUACGGCGGGUGGUGCUCUUUCCAGCCACGGGAACAGUCUGCCGCCUAAGAGAGCUCUUAGCAGUGGUAGAAAGAAAGAUACGAGCUCAAUAACCAGCCUAGAUCAUUUAGAAUCACCGGGGUUAAAGACAGAAUUAAAGAGACCUUUAACAGAUACUCGGCCCACGGAUGAACCUCGAGAGAAAAAGAUCAAAGUGGAGCGAGAUAUAGAGACAGAAAAUAAGGGUAGUUCUGCAUCUAGUACUUUGCAAAACUCCGUAUCGAGCAUAAACCAGUCAGCAUCUAUCUAUACUUCACCUGAACCACAUGUAUCUAAUCAACCAGUUUACUUCCGUGACAUUGAGGUACCGGCAGCGGACCCUACACCUGUGGAACCGGUUAAGAGGUAUAGUAAUUAUUUGGUUGAAGAAUCUUCCAAAAAGGCUGCUGAGUCCGUUGAUUACUUCAAUGAAAAUAAUAUCAACAGUAAGGAAUCAGUAUAUCUGCUGAUGAAGGAGAUAGUACCUUCUAAAGUUGCUCAGGCAUUGCCCUUGGCUGAGCUGAAAUACAUGGUACAAACUUUGCCACUGAUUAAACUGAUCCCGAUGGCUCAUAAAGCGCUUACUACAGAUAUAAUGAAUAACGCUUUAAGUGAGGGUAGAAUCACAGUGGUGAGUUCAAGGAUCGAAGAGCUGCGAAGACUGGGCCUGUGGUCUUUACGACAGCCCAAGAAGUUUCCAGACGCAUGGCAGAACGAUGUAUCGCAUCAUAGGACACUAAUCGAAGAGGCAAAAUGGAUGCAAGCGGAUUUUAAGGAGGGACAAAAAUACAGGAUAGCUGUUUGCACUACUCUAGCUCAUGCCGUUAUGGAAUACUGGGCAUACGGUAAAAUCUGCUGCAUACAAACAAAACCCGUAGAGGUUCUGAAGACAAAAAAUAACGAAUCGGUUAAAAAUGUCAGCAGUGAUGCUAAGGCGAACGAGGAAGAUCAAAAGAUCGUCUCAGAUAACAAAGUAAUAGAAGAGAGUGAAAAAAUCUCAGAUAUCAAACAAAUGGACCAGUCAGAACAAGAAGUAUCUGGUGGUAUUGACUUGACACUUCUAUUGCAAAGACCAAAUCCAUCAGAGGAGAUUGUAUCACCCCAGCUACCGGAGACUAGUGCUGCAGACUACGCAAGGUAUAAGCAGGGAAGUGAAAAUCAGCCAUUCAAACUUCAUCUUUCAUUCGAAGAACUGAAUAGCACAGUACGAACCAUUGCUCAGGACAUUCCACUUUACACAGGCCUCCCGGAUGAAAGUGAUGAAGAAAAACUUUCCUUCGUGCCAGUUUCCAAAUCGCUGGUGACUUUAGAGGACGAUCACUUUUACAAACUGGUUGAGAAGCAGAUUAUAGACGAUGAGCAAUCUUUGGUUCAACUAAGCAAGAGAAGAGGCAUGUUUUAUGGAAAUAGAAGAAGCCACUAUCUAAAGCCACCACCAGCUCCCUCACUACGGUACUUACAGAAUAGAACACCAACGAUAUGGCUACCAGAAGAUGACCAGGAGUUAGUGAAAAAUAUCAACGCUUAUGCAUAUAAUUGGGAGCUUAUCAGUGCUCAUAUGACUCAUAGACCGACGUUGUCGUAUUUCUCCAAUAUCGAAAGAAGAACUCCUUGGCAGUGUUUUGAAAGAUUUGUACAACUGAAUGAGCGCUUUAGCUUUAGUGACCUCAAAGGACCUCGUGCGCACAGUGUUCAAAUGUGGCUGAUGGAGGCUCACAAAUUUCAACAGAAGCAAAACAGGAGGAUUUCCCCGUUGGGAGUUGGUCCGGAAUCUAUUCAACGAGGCCACAGACGACUGCGUUGGGCUAGCAUGUUCGAAGCAAUCAGAAAAUGUAUCAAGAAGAGAGAAAACGCACCAAGACCCAAUCCUACUCAGCCCAGAAAACCUCUGGAUUGCAAAAACAUGAAAGUGCCAACACCGGCAGAAAUGUCACAGCUCAAGGCACAGAGGGACGAGUCUUUACGGAGGGAUAUUCAAAUGAGACGUAAUGUAAAAAGUAGAUUACAACAACAGUCAAAUCAAACUCCGCCUAUUAUGAACCAAAGCCAUUCCACCCCUAAGAUGGGUGCCUCUGGUGCUGACCAGAGCCCGAAUUCUACUAGCGUACCCAGUUCUGGCCAGCUGACGAAAACGUUAACUGAUAGACAGACACCAACCCCAGCUUUCCCUCAAAAGCGUCUCACCGAGCGUGAAAUCAUUGAGAGUUAUUCAAGGAGAAUUCUAGCACAGAAACCAGAGCUUUCAAUGGAAACUGCAAUGAAGGCUGCCCAGAGCUACUACAAAACCGGGCAGCAACGAAAAAUGCAAUUUCAACAGCAGCAGCAGCAAAUACAAAGGAAGAAAGCGCAAUCACAAUCCGCUCCGACCUUAGGUCAAUCGGAACAAAUGGAUCAGACGGCUCAGAGGAUGUCAAAUACUCUGCUUAAUACGAGCAAUUCAGCUCCAACCCCCAAGGUGGACUCACCUACUCCACAGGAGAUUUUGGACCGCCUUCACAAAUGA